AUGCCGGAUGAUAGUGAAGCACCGAUUGCUUUUGGCUCCAGAACAUUACAGGGCGCGGAACGAAAUUAUUCACAGUUGGAUAAAGAAGCGCUAGCGAUUAUGUUUGGUGUGCAAAAGUUUCAUCAAUUUUUAAGUGGUAGACAAUUUACAAUAAUGACUGAUCAUAAACCACUAGUGGGGUUAUUCAACCCAGAAAAACCAAUAUCACAGCAUAUAUCACCCAGAAUGUUAAGGUGGUCGUUAAAGUUAGGCGCUUACCAGUACGAGAUUAAAUUCCGAGAAGGGAAACAUCACCAGAAUGCAGAUGCAUUGAGCCGGUUACCUUUAAAUGAUGUAAAGCUACAAAUACCGGAAAUACCUGAAAUAUUAUAUUGCAAUGAGGCUGAGGAACAGUUUUUAAUCACUGCGAAAGACAUUGCACAAGCAACCAGAAGAGAUCCAGUACUAUCAAAAGUAAUGUGGCAUAUCCAAAGGAAAGAUACAGUUUUGCCAUAUAAAUUAAUCCAGUUUAAACCGUUUGUGAAUAAAAUCCAGGAACUAUCAGUGAAUGCACAAUGUUUGUUAUGGGGAGCCAGGGUAAUAAUACCAGCAAUGCUACGUCCCAGAAUACUUGAGAUGUUGCACGAAGGCAUGUCGGCAAUGAAAGCAGUUGCGCGAAGCUAUUUUUGGUGGCCUGGUUUAGAUGAAAAUAUAGAAAUGUUAGUCAGACGUUGUGAAAAGUGUGCAUGUAACAAAAAGAAUCCUUCAGUAGCGGCAGGUAAACCAUGGCCAGCAACGCUAAGGCCAUGGUCCCGGUUACAUAUUGAUUAUGCGGGACCCUUUAUGGGUACAAAUUUUUUUAUCGUCGUAGAUGCUCAUAGCAAGUGGGUAGAGGUAAAAAUAACCAGUACAAUAAAUGCGAUUAGAACAAUCGAGUUAAUGAGAGAAAUAUUUGCAACACACGGAAUACCAGAUACCAUUGUGUCCGAUAAUGGGCGAACGUUUGUGUCAGAAGAAUUUGAGAAAUAUUUAAAACUUAGCGGUAUAAAGCACAUACAUAUGGCACCGUAUAAUCCAUCGUCAAACGGGCAAGCAGAAAGGUUUGUACAAACCAUUAAGAAUCACCUUAAGAAAAUGCAGUCUUCAGACAUCAAUAAGAAUUUGGCAAAUAUACUUUUGCAUCUGCGUACAACUCCUAAUGCAAAUUCAAAUUCGAGUCCAGCAGAAAUCUUGAUGGGAAGGAAGUUGAAAACAUUGUUAGAUCAUUUGCACCCCAGUGAUGACAACACUCAGAAGCAGCUAAAUUCUGAUGAGUAUUCCAAACAAAUAAAACCAGUUCGCAGUUUCCAGUGUGGUGAAAGUGUUUGGUACCGAAAUUUUGGAAGAGGUGAAAAGUGGAUGCCAGGGAUUAUACAAUCAACAGGAGAUCGCAACUACAAAAUUCAAUCAAAUAGUAACAUAUUGUCGAGACAUAUUGACCAGUUGCAUAAGCGAGUUUCGGAGACACCGACAAGUUUAGAAUCCAAUAUAACUCCAGUAGCAGUAACUUCAGUGGCACAACCGGAAGAGCAAGACGACCAAGUAAGUGCAGGUCAUUCAUCAAAUGAAUAUAUCCUACCAGAUAGUCAAGUAGAGGGGUCAUUAGAAGAAGAAGAUAAAAGAGAUGAAACAUUAAAAUCGCGACCGUACCGGCAGAGGCAACCGCCAAAAAGGUUACGGGACUAUUUGAUGGGGGAGGAACUGUAG